UUGUGGAGUGGGAGGCUGUUGUAUGUCUGAGCUCAGACUGCAGGCUGCUCAAGGUUUUACCACACGUGACACCUGGUGUUGCAUCAGAUGAUUGAUGGGGGAUUUUGUUGAUUCCCUCCUGGCCAAGGCAUCCUUGAACCUUCUAUUUCGAGAGGUCCAUAUGGUUGCAGGUCUGAAAGAAAACCCUGACUUCAGAGCACCAGUUUGGGAGGAAGAGCAAAGAGACUUAAGGACAAAAACUGAUGGACCAUUACAUCUUCCAAAAUGAGCCUACUCACACUUUUCUCCAGGAAAAUAACGUGUCUUGAAGAGAGAAGAAUUCAGUGCUGGACUGCCCUGAACACUCCCCACGGUGCAGCUUCAGGGAACAGCUUGGUUUAUCUGACGUGAAGAGGAGGCACAUGUGCAGUGAGCCAAGAGGACAUGGGCUUGCAGUGCACCUGCAGCAAUGAUCAGGUACUGGGUCCACGUGUCGCAUCUGAGUUGUGUUGCACAAAUUCUCUAAGCCCCAGCUCGGCCCGUCUCCUUGAUGCACACUCACAGCAUCAUGGCCAGCACUCAGGAGCGCCUGGGCCUGUCUUCCUCCCCGAACUCCAUGGGCAAAGCUUUCUGUGAGGACAAAGACUUGGGUAGGUUCCCCGACGAGCACACUCCGGCCGGGACCCACCCGUCCCCCGAGCUCAUCGAGGACGUGCGGGACAAGGGUUUGCUGCCGGCGGAGCUGCUGGAGGGCGUGAGCAGCCCGGUCACGGCGGCCGUGCUCACCAGCAUCAGCGAGGACUCCCGGGACCAGUUCGAGAACAGCGUCCUGCAGCUGCGGGAGCAGGACGAGCCCGACACGCCCGUCCCGCAGGGCCCGCGGGGCGCGGGGGACGGGGACAGCCACGGCGCGGGGGACGAUGUCAAGGUGCAGUUCAACAGGUCGGGCAGCGGCAGCGGCGGCUUCCUCGAGGGGCUCUUCGGGUGCCUGAGGCCCGUGUGGAACAUCAUAGGCAAGGCGUACUCCACGGACUACAAACUGCAGCAGCAAGAUACCUGGGAGGUGCCGUUUGAGGAGAUCUCGGAGCUGCAGUGGCUGGGCAGCGGAGCACAGGGAGCAGUGUUCCUGGGCAAAUUCCGGGCGGAGGAGGUGGCCAUCAAGAAAGUGAGGGAUCAGAACGAAACGGAUAUCAAGCACCUGAGGAAGCUCAAACACCCCAACAUCAUCGCGUUCAAGGGGGUCUGCACUCAAGCCCCGUGCUACUGCAUCAUCAUGGAAUACUGUGCCCACGGGCAGCUCUACGAGGUCCUGCGGGCGGGCAGGAAGGUCACCCCUCGGCUGCUGGUGGACUGGUCCACGGGCAUUGCCAGUGGCAUGAACUACCUGCACCUUCACAAAAUCAUCCAUCGAGACCUCAAGUCACCAAAUGUUUUAGUUACACACACAGAUGCAGUAAAAAUUUCAGAUUUCGGUACAUCUAAAGAGCUCAGUGAUAAAAGCACCAAGAUGUCCUUUGCGGGAACAGUGGCUUGGAUGGCCCCGGAGGUGAUACGGAACGAGCCCGUCUCCGAGAAGGUGGAUAUCUGGUCAUUUGGGGUAGUUUUGUGGGAGCUGCUUACGGGAGAGAUUCCCUACAAGGACGUGGAUUCCUCGGCCAUCAUCUGGGGAGUGGGCAGUAACAGCCUGCACCUUCCCGUCCCUUCCACCUGCCCAGAUGGCUUCAAAAUCCUCAUGAAGCAAACCUGGCAGAGCAAGCCCCGGAACCGUCCCUCCUUCCGGCAGACCCUGAUGCACCUGGACAUCGCCUCUGCCGACGUGCUGGCUACUCCUCAGGAAACCUACUUUAAAUCCCAGGCUGAAUGGAGAGAAGAAGUGAAGAAACAUUUUGAGAAAAUUAAAAGUGAAGGAACUUGUAUCCACCGGUUGGAUGAAGAAUUGAUUCGGCGCCGAAGAGAAGAGCUCAGGCAUGCAUUAGAUAUCCGUGAGCACUACGAGAGGAAGCUGGAGCGGGCCAACAACCUGUACAUGGAGCUCAGUGCUAUAAUGCUGCAGCUGGAGGUCCGGGAGAAGGAGCUCAUCAAGAGGGAACAAGCAGUGGAAAAGAAAUACCCUGGGACUUACAAGCGCCACCCAGUCAGACCAAUAAUCCACCCCAAUACAGUGGAGAAGCUGAUGAAGAGGAAAGGGGUCUCCCAUAAACCAGGCAGCCAGACUAAACGGCCAGACCUGCUCAAGUCAGAGGGCAUACCCAGCACAGAGGCAGCGUCCAAUGGCUCCCCAGUCUCAGGAAGUCCCAAAAUGUCAACGCUGAGCGGCAAAAGCCGGUACCGCAGCAAGCCCCGGCACCGCCGGGGGAACAGCAAAGGCAGCUACCAGGAAUUCGCAGGGAUCUUGAAAAACCAGCCGGCGCAGGACGACGCACCCCCACCUCCGCCUCACAACCCCCCCCCGCACCCCGGGCUGCCGCAGCCGGGCCACGGCCACCCCUCGCGGCUGCACGGCCACGGGCAGGACAUCGCCAACUGCGCCAACAACCUGCGCUACUUCGGCCCCGCGGCCGCGCUGCGCAGCCCCCUCAGCAACCACGCCCAGCGCCGCAUGUCCGGCUCCAGCCCCGACCUCAUCUCCACCGCCAUGGAGGCCGACUGCCGCCGCGGCCUCGACGGCAAGGGCGGCCAGGCCGAGCGCUGGGAGUGCUGCACCGCAGACCCCUACGAGUCGUGUCUGCAGUGCAGGGACGAGGACAGUGGGCAGGGGCAGAUGGCACCGGCGGAGGCGGGGGGCAGCCACCCCCAGUCCCCGGCUUCUGCUUCCCUCUACGAGAGCGCGCAGUUCAUGGAGCAGCUGGAGGAGCAGGGCACGGCAGCGUCCGCCCUGGGCACUCCCCAGCACGUGGCGUCCGCGGUGCUGCCUUGCAAAGCGAGAUCCCUUCAAAAGAGCGGUGACGACUCAUCAGAAGAGGAAGAGGGUGAAGUAGACAGUGAAGUGGAGUUUCCUCGUAGACAAAGACCCCAUCGCUGCAUCAGUAGCUGCCAGUCCUACUCGACCUUCAGCUCCGAGAACUUCUCCGUGUCCGAUGGAGAGGAGGGGAACACAAGCGACCACUCCAACAGCCCGGAUGAGCUGGGCACCAAGCUGGAAGAUGAGCUGGCUGAGAAGCUGGAGGACAUGUUGUCCCAGACUCCAGAGAUCCCCAUUGAAAUCUCCACGCAGUCGGAUGGGCUUUCAGACAAAGAGUGCGCCGUGCGGAGAGUCAAGACUCAGAUGUCUCUGGGCAAGCUUUGUGCAGAUGAACACAGCUGUGAGAACCCACCACAGUUUGGAGAAUCAGACUGUGACUCUUCUGAAGGGGAGUGUUCUGAUGCCACGGUCAGGACCAAUAAGCCCUGCAGCUCUGCUACUUGGAAGAGAAGAUGCUUCUCCUUCCCACCCCAGGAGUGAUUUGCAAUAACCUGAAUCUCUGGAAAAUGUCCAAAUGAAAUUAAUUCUCUUUGAGCAUUUCAAUCAAGAAUGGCAGGGAUGUAUUUUAUUGAAUAAUCUAGUUACUGUAACAUGGAUAUUUAUUUUUUUGACAUUUUAACACUUUUUACUGUAAAGAGUGGAUUGUAUUUAUAGACAUACAGACUCGUUGCAAAAAAAAAAAAAGUUCAGAAAGCAAGCACACUACAGAGAAACAUCCUGGGAGUCCUGCCUGGACAGCUUUGUGUACAGAUGCAGGGGAUUCUCUUGCUGCUUGCACAGGGGACCAGGCCUCGUGGCCCUGAAGAUUGGAGAACAGAUCAAAAAAACUAUACCACUCAGUCUUAUCAAAAGAGGAAAAGCAGAAAACGACCUGACUGUAGGGUGACCUGUGAACAAAGCAUUUUCAGUAUAACCAGCUGGGUCAUUUUUAAUCAGAAGGAGGACAUGUUCCUGGAGCAAACUGGUACUGAGGUGCUAACAUCCAGGGUCUUCUGAGUCAAUACAUCCCCAGGAAUGUAAUAGUGGGUUUUAUUUUAAGGAUUUUUAGUUUCUUUUUUUAAUCAGCAUUUUGUUGUGAGAUCCUGCAAAUGUACUCUAACCUCAUCCUCUCGAGAAUUGGUAUCAGAGCACUUCUUAACACCGUCCUUGCUUCACUGUGGCAGUGUCGACCUCCAGUUGAGCAGGGAAAAACCUCUUUCAGAUGCAGUGUGCCAUUUCCCAGUUUACUUCCUCCUCUUACCUCCUGUCUGUUUCAGUCAGUCAAAGAAUUCAAUCCAAUCAGUGUUGGCAAAGCAAGGACUUGCAAAGCGUGGAAAGCACAUUUCUCAGAGCCUGAGCCCUUCUGGGGAGGACACUGGAGACGCCUGGACUGGACUGGGAGAAGCAGCCUCUCACCUACAGCAGCAUUGAUAACCAGCAGAGAGCUGUGUGUUGAGGGGGAAGACUGGGAAUCACUGGCCUGGCUCAGAGCAUCAGCCCUGCUCUGUCUCCUUAUUCACUGUACAUUCUUGGAAGCAUUAGCAGCUGCCUGCCCUUCACGUCAGGCUUUGUGCAAAACAGGUUGCACAGGGAAUUUGACAGUGGCUGUGUCUCGGGUGUGCCCCGAGGCCUCUGUUUCUCCUCCAAGCUGAAACUCUGCAGGUGAAAGUGAGGAUAGUACUGGUAUGUGACAGGCCGAGGCAUUGGCAGAUGAGAAAAAUUUGUUUUCUGAUAGAACUCAUAGUGCCUUCCCUUCAAACACUACUCUUCUAAAACAAUGUUGAAAGAGAACAAAACGAUAGAGCACGUUCCCCCCCUUCCUUAGUUGAUGUCCCCCUGCAAGAGCUCUCCCUCUGCCCUUCCCAGUGUGCUGGCAUGGCCAGCCUGAGGUGAAGGGCAGGAAUGGACCAUGGACAGGUACUUCUGUUGCUUUGUUUGUUUACAUUUUAUGUUAAAAUAUUGGUUUGAAUUUAACUGUGGUAAUUUAUAGCCUCAUGGCAAAGUGAAGGAAAAUGUCUUACCUAUACAGAGAGCAGUAUUGUAUGAGUUAAAUUAUCCCAUAUUUUUAAAUUUUUGUAGCUGGACUACAGACAGAUCUUAAGUUAUGAUGUUAUUUUAUUAUUUAUUAUCGUUUCUGUAGAUCAGAAGGUUGGCUUCACCGCUAGCACAAUUGUAAUCUGUUUGUGUGAUGUUACCUUCUCCCUGGUCACCGAGGGGGCGGGAGCAGAGCUGGGCUCAGUGGCUGUCAGGAGUUGCUGCCUCUCGUGAUUUCCAGGGAUGCUGUUACUGCAGGAGAGGGCACAGAGAGGGAUGGAUGGCUGCAGUCAGCCCCGUGUGAGGUUCCUCGUGGGCAGUUUGCUCACGUUGCUGGUAGUUGUCAGCCCCUGAACUGGUGGGGAUGGUGAUCAGGGAGCGAGUGGCUUUUGAACUGACCACAAAAUGAGUAACUGUGACGGGAUCCCCUGGCAAGAGCCUCCCAAAGGACAUUGCUCCAGGCAGCGGGUGCGAGAUCAGGGUGGCCAGCAGUGGAUCCACACGGUGGAUCACCCUGGCAGGACCAAACAGGCUGCUGGAGAGGGAGCGACCUGCUCACCCUGCCCUCCGCAGCAAGGCUGGCUCUGGGUGGAGGCACAAUGCCCUGGGGAGUGAAGCUCUUUCCUGGCUCCUUUCUUGUUUCCUCUCCCUUCCCAUCCCUCAUUUCUCCUCCCAGAUGUUCUCUGUCUCCUGGCCAGCAGCAGGAGGAGGUGGCAGGGCCAGAGAUGGCUUUGCUGUGAGGUGAUUGGUGUGAGAGGGAUUUGGUGUGGCAGAGGUGGUGCAGAUGGUUACUCAGGAGGCUGGAGGCCGAGGUGUGGGAAUUUAGCAGUGGGAGAACUGUGUGCACGUAACCUACUAUGGUGUAAACAGAGGUUGAGAACUGCCAUCGGGUGUCCCCCAGCAGAGGAUGGAAGGCCUGUGCCCCUGGGGAGACUCUGCUCAGAGCUGGCAGGCUCCCUGAGCCCGGUGUCCUUGGGCAGCCCCACACAACAGCCCCAAAGCGGAGCUGCCUCCUGCUCAGGCCUGUCAGUCUCUGCAGGGCCUCCAGCCUGUGAUGAUUCAGUCCCAGUCAAACAGAUCCCAGAGGGGUUUGGGUACCUGUGGUCUCUGCUUAGGUUCCACCAUGGGAUGCAGCUCCUCUGGGCUCGCAGAGAAGCUUUGGGGUGUGGGAUUUUGGGACCCUUCUGGGCCAGCUGACCCGGGUGUGUGCUGAUCCCUCCCUGUCCUCGCCUGGGGAUGUGUUGGCCUGUUCUGCAGCCUGGGCAAGCAGAGCUGAACCCUCCAGGCCGCCACAUUUAGCUCUAGUUUCCUCACACACCCAGGUCAUUGCACUUUUAUGGUCCAGUGUCACUCCUCCUACCUGCUGCCUCCAACGCAGCAUCCCUCUGGAAAUGCCACUAGGGCAGCCCCCCCUUGCCCCACUCCGUGGAGGUGCCACCCCAUCCUUGCCCUGCACACACAUCUCGUGUGCUCAGCUGUGUGCGGGCAGGGCUGGCUCAGCACCGCCCACAUUCCCGGGGUGGUCACUGUCCAUUCUGCAGGGCAUUAAGGUGGAUUUCCUUAGUGGAACCUCCCUGGAUUUCCUUAGUAGAACCUCCCUGGAAUGGCACAGACGUGACCUGUGACCUCCACGUCGCUGUACGGGCGCCUGUGCUGCGGUUCCUCACACUUUCCCUCCCAGCAGGGUCUGGGAGGUGUAGUGGACCUGCUUCCUCCUCGUAGUAACACCGCGCUCGCAGGGCAGGAGUAACCCGUGGGUUCCCUUUCCAGCACCCCAAGUUCCCUGACCCAGUUCUCAUGGCUGCUGACAGCUCCUGAACACUAGCCUAGAUUUUCUCCCAGAGCUGAAUGUUGCCCUCCCCACUGUCGUGUUAAGUACCCAUUUCAUCUUGGCCCUGUCCAGUAGUGUUCAUCCCCUCUUCCCUGCUCUGUGGAUUCCUGAGACAAACUUGAUUUUUUUUGUAUUGACCAGUGUACAGUGAUGGAAACAAGAAUGACUAUCAAAGCAAACAAUGCAUGGAAUAAAAAGCCAGUGUACUUCAA